AUGGUGGCUAAUUUUUUCAAGAGCUUGAUUUUCCCUUACAUACAUAAGCUUUGCAAAGGAAUGUUCACAAAGAAAUCGGGAAAUACAAACACAAAAAAAGAGAAUCGUCAGCAGAAAAAGGAUCAAGACGUUCCUCCUGCUGGCCAGACCAAACCCCCCAGAAUCUCUAACACCCUGAAAAGCACGGUGAGGAAGAUCGCCAAGUGUUCAUCGGCUCGCAACUUAUCCACUGAGGACGACAAGGACAGCAAAGAGUUUUCCCUCUCGCCCACGCUCAGUUACCGUGUAGCAAUUGCCAACGGCCUACAGAAAAAUAUCAGCGUCACCAACGGUGACAAUGAGGCUCUGCUUCAAGAGCUGUCUUCCAUUGAGAGCUCCUGCUCGGGAUCCUUAAACGAACUAAGGAGCAGCACGGAGAGCCAGGCGCAGCCCGCGCGCGCCAUGCCGGUGAGACGCAACAGGAAGAGUUCGAGCAGCCUCGCCCCCUCCGAGGGCAGCUCCGACGGGGAGCGCACGCUCCACAGCUUAAAACUAGGGGCCUUAAGAAAACUGAGAAAAUGGAAGAAGAGUCAAGAGUGUGUCUCCUCAGAUUCCGAGCUGAGCACCAUGAAGAAAACCUGGGGAAUAAGAAGCAAGUCUUUGGACAGAACCGCCCGAAACCCCAAGACAAAUGCCCUGGAGCCGGGAUUUAGUUCCUCGGGCUGCAUCAGCCAAACACAUGACGUCAUGGAAAUGAUCUUUAAGGAGCUUCAGGGAAUAAGUCAGAUCGAAACGGAACUCUCUGAACUGCGAGGACACGUCAAUGCUCUCAAGCACUCCAUCGAUGAGAUCUCCAGCAGCGUGGAGGUUGUGCAAAGUGAAAUCGAGCAGCUGCGUACGGGAUUCGUCCAGUCUCGGAGGGAAACCAGAGACAUCCAUGAUUAUAUUAAACACUUAGGGCACAUGGGUAGCAAGGCAAGCCUGAGAUUUUUAAAUGUGCCCGAAGAAAGAUUUGAAUAUGUCGAAAGUGUGGUGUACCAAAUUCUAAUAGAUAAAAUGGGCUUUUCAGAUGUGCCGAAUGCUAUUAAAAUUGAAUUUGCUCAGAGGAUAGGACAUCAAAGGGACUGCCCAAAUGCAAAGCCUCGACCUAUACUUGUGUACUUCGAAACCCCUCAGCAGAGGGAUUCUGUCUUAAAAAAGUCAUAUAAACUCAAAGGAACAGGCAUUGGAAUCUCCACAGAUAUUCUGACUCAUGAUAUCAGAGAAAGAAAAGAGAAAGGGAUACCAUCCUCACAGACAUAUGAAAGCAUGGAUAUAAAAUUUUCUACUCCAGAGCCCAAAAUCAAGAAGAACAAUUGGCAGUCACCUGAUGACAGUGACGGAGAGCUGGAAUCUGACCUCAAUAGAAACAGUUAUGCUGUGCUUUCCAAGCCAGAGUUUCCAACAAAGGGAAGCACUUCCAAGCCAAGCUCAAAAUCACACAGUGCAAAAUCCAAGAAUAAAACAGCUAAUAGCAACAGAAUUUCAAAUAAGUCAAAUUAUGAUAAAACUUCCUCACAAUUGCCAGAAUCACAUAUCGCGGAAAAGCAAACCACAACCCAUUAUGCUGAUGCAACACCUCUCUGGCAUUCACAGAGUGAUUUUUUCACUGCUAAACUUAGUCGUUCUGAGUCAGAUUUUUCCAAAUUGUGUCAGUCUUACUCAGAGGAUUUUUCGGAAAAUCAGUUUUUCGUUAGAACUAAUGGAAGCUCCCUCCUGUCAUCUUCAGAUCGGGAACUAUGGCAGAGGAAACAGGAGGGCACACCCACCUUGUAUGACAGUCCUCAGGACCAGCAUUUAAGUGGGAGUGUUCAGGGCGUCCAAGGACACAGUGAGAUUGAAAACACAGAAACUGUGGAUAGUGGAAUGAGUAACGGCAUGCUAUGUGCCUCUGGAGACCGAAGUCAUUAUAGUGAUUCUCAGCUCUCUUUGCAUGAGGAUCUUUCUCCAUGGAAGGAAUGGAAUCAAGUAGAGCAAGGAGCUGAUUUAGGCUUGGAUUCUUCUACCCAGGAAGCGUUUGACUAUGACACAAACAGUCUUUCUGACCAACACCUGCAUGUUUAUAAUAAAGACCUAGAAUACUUGGAAAAGUGCCACAGUGACCUUCAAGAUGACUCAGAGAGCUAUGAUUUAACCCAAGAUGACAACUCAUCUCCGUGCCCAGGAUUGGAUAAUGAACCACAAGGCCAGUGGGUUGGCCAAUAUGAUUCUUAUCAGGAAUCUAAUUCUAAUGAGCUGUACGAAAAUCAAAACCAAUUGUCCAUGAUGUAUCGAAGUCAAAGUGAAUUGCAAAGUGAUGAUUCGGAGGAUGCCCCGCCCAAAUCAUGGCAUAGUCGAUUAAGCAUUGACCUUUCUGAUAAGACUUUCAGCUUCCCAAAAUUUGGAUCUACACUGCAGAGGGCUAAAUCAGCCUUGGAAGUAGUAUGGAACAAAAGCACACAGAGCCUCAGUGGGUAUGAGGACAGUGGCUCUUCCUUAAUGGGGAGAUUUCGGACAUUAUCUCAAUCAACUGCAAAUGAAUCAAGUACCACACUUGACUCUGAUGUCUACACGGAGCCCUAUUACUACAAAGCAGAGAAUGAGGAGGAUUAUAGUGAACCAGUGGCUGUUAAUGAAACAGAUUAUGUUGAAGUGAUGGAACAAGUCCUUGCUAAGCUGGAAAAUAGGACUAGUAUUACUGAAACAGAUACACAGAUGCAGGAAUAUGAUCACCCUUUAUAUGAAACACCUUACGAAACCCCACAAGAUGAGAGUUAUGAUGGGCAGGCAGAUGAUGUGGUUAGUGAAUGUGGAUUGGAACCCUUAAAUGAAACAUUAGUUGAAAUGGAAAUAAGAGAAGAUGAAAACCAAAACGUUCCUGAACAGCCAGUGGAAAUCAUAAAGCCAAAGAGAAUUCGUCCCUCUUUCAAAGAAGCAGCUUUAAGGGCCUACAAAAAGCAAAUGGCAGAGUUGGAAGAGAAGAUCUUGGCUGGAGAUAGCAGUUCUGUGGAUGAAAAGGCUCGAAUAGUAAGUGGCAAUGAUUUGGAUGCUUCCAAAUUCUCUACACUCCAGGUGUGUGGUGGGUGGAUAGCUACCUACACAUUCAUGUCUGCCAGAGGCUCUGUUACUAAUCUGUUCCUUGGUUUGGAGGAAUGUAUUAAUGAAUACCCUGGGCAGCAGUGGGCCAGCAUUUGUACAAUCAGCUUCAGAACUGUUCCUACUUUGGCUGCCCGGAAAUCUGGACUCUCCCUGGCUAUGGUGAUUAGGACAUCACUAAACAAUGAGGAACUGAAAAUGCACGUCUUCAAGAAGACCUUGCAGGCGUUGAUUUACCCCAUGUCCUCCACCACACCACACAAUUUUGAGGUCUGGACAGCUACCACGCCCACCUACUGCUACGAGUGUGAAGGACUUCUGUGGGGCAUUGCUCGGCAAGGCAUGAAGUGUUUGGAGUGUGGAGUGAAGUGCCAUGAGAAGUGUCAGGACCUCCUAAAUGCCGACUGUUUGCAGAGAGCAGCAGAAAAGAGUUCUAAACAUGGUGCCGAAGACAAGACUCAGACCAUUAUUACAGCCAUGAAAGAAAGAAUGAAGAUCAGGGAGAAAAAUAGGCCAGAGGUAUUUGAAGUAAUUCAGGAAAUGUUUCAGAUUUCUAAAGAAGAUUUUGUGCAAUACACAAAAGCAGCCAAACAGAGUGUACUGGAUGGGACAUCUAAGUGGUCAGCAAAAAUAACCAUUACAGUGGUUUCUGCACAAGGCUUACAGGCAAAAGACAAAACAGGGUCUAGUGACCCAUAUGUUACAGUUCAAGUUGGAAAGAACAAAAGAAGGACUAAAACCAUUUUUGGAAACUUGAAUCCAGUAUGGGAUGAGAAGUUUUAUUUUGAGUGUCAUAACUCCACAGAUCGAAUCAAAGUCAGAGUGUGGGAUGAAGAUGAUGACAUUAAAUCCAGAGUCAAGCAACAUUUCAAAAAGGAGUCAGAUGAUUUUCUGGGACAAACAAUUGUAGAAGUGAGGACCUUGAGUGGAGAAAUGGAUGUCUGGUACAAUUUAGAGAAACGGACAGAUAAGUCAGCUGUAUCUGGGGCCAUUCGAUUGAAAAUCAAUGUGGAAAUAAAAGGAGAGGAGAAGGUUGCUCCAUAUCAUAUACAGUACACAUGUUUACAUGAGAAUCUAUUCCAUUAUUUAACUGAAGUGAAAUCUAAUGGUGGAGUGAAAAUCCCAGAUGUCAAAGGAGAUGAAGCCUGGAAGGUUUUCUUUGAUGAUGCUUCCCAAGAAAUAGUUGAUGAAUUUGCCAUGCGUUAUGGGAUUGAGUCCAUUUAUCAAGCUAUGACGCACUUUUCAUGUCUGUCUUCUAAAUACAUGUGCCCUGGUGUUCCUGCUGUCAUGAGCACCUUGCUGGCUAAUAUAAAUGCUUUCUAUGCUCAUACAACAGUUUCAACAAAUGUUCAGGUUUCCGCCUCAGAUCGAUUUGCCGCUACCAACUUUGGUGUAAGUAUAAUUUUGUAAACUUUAAAAUUCUUAAUAGGACUAUCUCAUAGUGUAAGGGGCGACAUUUCAAAAUUUCAGGAAAACUUUCCUGCAAGCAAUACUGAAAGACUGCAAGACUUGAAAUCAACAGUCGACCUGCUAACAAGUAUCACCUUUUUUAGGAUGAAGGUAUCUUAUUUUAUUUCACUUCAAGUUCAAAGUCCUUCCCGCUCAUCAGCAGUUCUUAAAGACCCAGUGCAGCUAUGCCUGGACUCCAGAUCCAGGGAAACUGUGGACCUGUGUCAUGCUUUGCUGUACUCCCAGAUCACUGAUAUAUGUCCCAGUAAGAAACAGGACGUACCUCGGGAAGAUCAGGGACCAACUACCAAGAAUUUGGAUUUUUGGCCUCAACUUAUUACACUGAUGGUCACUAUUAUUGAUGAGGACAAAACUGCCUACACACCUGUCCUGAAUCAGUUUCCUCAAGAACUGAACAUGGGAAAAGUAAGUGCUGAAAUCAUGUGGACUCUUUUUGCUCUGGAUAUGAAAUAUGCAUUAGAAGGGUUUGAAGCCAGCAGUUUAACAGUGUACUUAAAAAUAAGCUUUGUAGAGUCAGAAACCUGGUGGUUUGAACCUUUUGUCAUGCAGUGGCUAGAUGAAAACGAAGAUGUAUCAGUGGAGUUCCUUCAUGGAGCACUGGGAAGAGACAAAAAAGAUGGAUUCCAGCAAACAUCUGAUCAUGCCCUCUUCUCUUGCUCCGUGGUUGACGUCUUUGCUCAGCUGAAUCAGAGCUUUGAGAUUAUUAAGAAACUGGAAUGCCCUAAUCCUGAAACAUUAUCCCACUUAAUGAGAAGAUUUGCAAAGACCAUCAACAAAGUGCUGCUCCAGUAUGCUGCAAUUGUAUCAAGUGAUUUCAGUUCGUAUUGUGAUAAGGAAAAUGUGCCCUGUAUCUUGAUGAACAAUAUUCAACAACUGCGGGUCCAGCUGGAAAAAAUGUUUGAAUCCAUGGGAGGAAAAGAGCUAGAUCCUGAAGCUAGCACUAUUCUAAAAGAACUUCAAGUUAAACUCAACGGGGUUCUGGAUGAGCUCAGCGUCACUUAUGGUGAAAGUUUCCAGCUUAUAAUUGAAGAGUGUAUAAAACAGAUGAGUUUUGAACUGAAUCAAAUGAGAGCAAAUGGAAAUGCCACAUCUAAUAAGAACAGUGCAGCAAUGGAUGCAGAAAUUGUGUUAAGACCUCUCAUGGAUUUUUUGGACAAGACAUUAAGUCUCUCAGCAAAAAUCUGUGAGAAAACAGUCCUGAAGCGAGCUUUGAAGGAACUAUGGAAGCUAGUCCUUAACAAAAUAGAAAAACAAAUUGUUCUUCCUCCUCUGACAGAUCAAACAGGACCCCAGAUGAUUUUCAUUGCAGCUAAAGAUAUUGGACAGUUAUCCAAACUGAAGGAGCACAUGAUUCGAGAGGAUGCCAAGGGCCUAACGCCAAGACAGUGUGCUAUAAUGGAGGUGGUCCUGGCUACCAUCAAGCAAUACUUUCAUGCAGGAGGAAAUGGCCUGAAAAAGAAUUUCUUGGAGAAAAGCCCAGAUCUUCAGUCUCUGAGAUAUGCUCUCAGUCUUUAUACCCAAACUACCGAUGCCUUGAUAAAGAAAUUCAUAGAUACUCAAACCUCACAGAGUUGCUCCUCCAAAGACGCAGUGGGUCAGAUAUCUGUUCAUGUGGACAUCACUGCCACCCCAGGAACAGGCGAGCAUAAAGUCACUGUAAAAGUGAUUGCUAUUAAUGACCUAAACUGGCAGACCACAGCAAUGUUCCGCCCCUUUGUGGAAGUUUGUAUACUGGGACCCAACCUUGGAGACAAGAAGAGAAAACAAGGCACAAAAACAAAAAGCAACACGUGGUCACCAAAGUACAAUGAAACAUUUCAGUUCAUUCUGAGUAAGGAAAACCGUCCAGGGGCCUAUGAAAUUCAUCUCUCAGUGAAGGAUUACUGCUUUGCCCGAGAAGAUCGAAUUAUCGGAAUGACAGUCAUUCAGCUACAGAACAUAGCAGAAAAAGGAAGCUAUGGUGCAUGGUAUCCUCUUCUGAAAAAUAUCUCCAUGGAUGAGACUGGUUUGACUAUUCUUAGAAUACUCUCCCAGAGGACUGGUGAUGAUGUGGCUAAAGAGUUUGUAAGACUUAAAUCUGAAACAAGAUCUACUGAAGAGAGUGCUUAAAAUGAACACUACAAGAACUCUAAUUAAUCUGAUUACUGCAUGCACAUGCAAAUACAUGGGAAUGUUUAUUUACCUACAUUUCAAUGUUUCCCAGUACAAUGUAUGCAAGGUCUGUGAAAAACCUGCUGAAUUUUUAUACCAAUUCUGGUCUUUGGGAAAUAAAUAAAUGUUCCAUGAAGUGCCAAAAUUAUGAUGUAAAGUGAAAUAUCAAGAAUAUCUUUUAAAAUGUUCAUUUCAUUACCAAUUUCUCAUUCAUUAAACAUACUAAAAAACAAUUAGUGUUUGAGUUGGCCCAUUGGUUGUCCUUAUUAAAUGAGUUUAUAUUGGCCAUAGAUCAGAAAGCAUUUAUUACUCAAAUUCUGUUUUAUUUAGACUUACGUCAUUGUAGCUGUUUUACAAAUACCUUUUUCUAACAAAACUAGAAUUGCAAUCACUUCUAGAAAGCAUUUGUAAUUUUAUAGUUGCAGAUAUAUUGUGAUGAUUUUUGCAUACAAAUUAAAAUAGAAAAGGUGGGAAAUAUUUUAUGCUGACCAGUUUCCAACCUUUCUGAAAUAUCACUGUGAAGAAAUGCUACUAAAGCAAACUUAUACAUAGCAAUGCUAAAUAGAGUUUGUUAACAAUGUUUGAUAUAUUGACAAAACUUUGUUCUUUAAAACUGCCAAGGUCACAUUACAUUUGUAAUAAAGGUAAGUUGAUGCAUUUUGUCAUAUAGCAUUAUGUCUGUUUUAUCAUAGUUCAUUCUUUAAAA